AUUGGGACCACACACUAUUUUGUUGUUGCUCUCACGCUAACGUGCGAGAUCCAGCCCCGACUACGCGGUCUCAAUAUGCCCCAACUUCCCCCCUCCCCAGCGGACUGCCUGGUUUGAGAUGAGUGGAAGAUGUCGGUUUCGGGUCUGAAGGCCGAAUUGAAGUUUUUGGAGUCAAUUUUUGACCCAAACCACGAACGUUUCAGAAUUAUCGAUUGGAAGCCUGAUGAGCUUAGUUGUCAGUUUAAUGUAACCGGUGAAAAACUGUUGAUAAUACAUUGCAACAUCACGGAGUCAUACCCCUCUACACCCCCAAUCUGGUUUGUUGACUCUGAUGACCCAAGUCUGACAGAGGUGUUGGAGCGCCUGGAAGAUGUCAGAAAAGGAACAUCUUUGCUCCUGCAGCAGCUGAAGCGUCUCAUCUGUGACCUAUGUCGGCUGUACAACCUGCCCCAGCACCCAGAUGUUGAGAUGCUAGAUCAGCCCCUCCCUGCUGGGCCCAUCAACCCAGAGCGCAAGCAUGGACCAGCCGAUGAAGUGACAUCCGAGGAGGAGGAGGAGGAAGAAAUGGGCGAGCAGGAUAUUGAAGACCUGGACCACUAUGAGAUGAAGGAGGAGGAGCCUGUACAUGGGAAGAAGUCAGAGGAUGACGGGAUUGAGAAGGAGAACCUGGCCAUCCUAGAGAAGAUCCGUAAGAACCAGAGGCAGGACCACUUGAACGUAAGUGCUCAUUCGGGUGCCGUUUCUGGUUCAGUUCAGGCGUCUGAUCGUCUCAUGAAGGAACUCAGGGAGAUAUACAGAUCACAGAGUUACAAGACAGGUAUUUAUUCAGUGGAGCUAGUCAACGACAGCCUGUAUGAAUGGCACGUCAAAAUAAGAACGGUCGACCCAGAUAGUCCAUUGCAUAGUGACUUGCAGGUUCUGAAGGAAAAGGAAGGGGUGGACUACAUUCUGCUCAGUUUCUCAUAUAAAGAUAACUUUCCUUUUGAUCCUCCGUUCGUACGCGUCGUCUCUCCUGUGCUGUCCGGAGGGUACGUUCUUGGCGGAGGGGCCUUAUGUAUGGAGCUUCUCACAAAACAGGGCUGGAGCAGUGCCUAUUCCAUUGAGUCCGUCAUCAUGCAGAUCAAUGCGACCCUCGUCAAAGGAAAAGGCAGGGUGCAGUUCGGAGCCAAUAAGAAUCAGUACAGUUUUGCCAGGGCACAACAGUCAUACAAAUCCCUGGUGCAGAUUCACGAAAAGAAUGGCUGGUACACACCUCCUAAAGAAGAUGGGUAAAGAGUUCACUCAUUCUCCCUGGGAACAUAUAAUGUAUUUUUUGGGUAAAAAAACAAACAAUAUAUUUUUAAUUUCUUUUUGAACUAUUUUCUCCCUUCUGACUUAUUGGGAGUUAUAUCAUCUUUCUUGUGGAAACCAACUGGCAAAUUCUUCCGUUUGGCCUGUCGUCAGCUCAGUAGACCAGUAUCUCCUCUCUGCCUGGCCCGACAACGGGCUCGACUGUCUCCCCUCCCUCCUGUAUCACUCCACUUCCCCCUUAGUACUUCACCUGAGGAGAACUUCACCUGAGGAGAAUGUCUGUUAUAACUGAGGGGCUCGGCGGUCCUCCUGCAUCACUCCGCUGCCCCCUUCACCUGAGGAGAAUGUCUGUUAUAACUGAGGGGCUCGGCGGUCCUCCUGCAUCACUCCGCUGCCCCCUUCACCUGAGGAGAAUGUCUGUUAUAACUGGGGGGCUCGGCGGUCCUCCUGCAUCACUCCACUGCCCCCUUCACCUGAGGAGAAUGUCUGUUUAUAACUGAGGGGCUCGGCGGUCCUCCUGCAUCACUCCACUUCCCCCUUAGUACUUCACCUGAGGAGAACUUCACCUGAGGAGAAUGUCUGUUUAUAACUGAGGGGCUCGGCGGUCCUCCUGCAUCACUCCACUGCCCCCUUCACCUGAGGAGAAUGUCUGUUAUAACUGAGGGGGCUCGGCGGUCCUCCUGCAUCACUCCACUGCCCCCUUCACCUGAGGAGAAUGUCUGUUAUAACUGAGGGGCUCGGCGGUCCUCCUGCAU